UUGGGUUUAGCUUCUACCUGGGUGCGAAGUGACGGUUUUUCAAUUUCAGCUGGUUUGAAGAGAUCUGAACUUAUUAGACGGUUCAAUGCCAACAUACCAUAUACGGGCCUAACGUAUUCUGUGUCUCAAGAAGGAUUCUUCACCGAAAAUAAGGGAAAGGUGAUCGUCGGUGCAUUGGAAGCUGUUCUGGGAGAAUCCUACGACAAGGAUGACCCCAAUUACGUGUAUAAAUGUGAAGCACAAUUGCAAUGUUUGCGACGAUUAUUUGCAUCAAAGAGCGGCUUUCAGGCAUUCACAGAGGUUCCAGGGGUUCGUGAGAAGCUGGGCACUCUGGUGAUCCGUGUACUUUCGUACAAAAACGAGGCUAUUGAUUAUGCAACUGUGGAAGCGCUGUGUGCUUUGAUGCAUCCUAUGCAUAAUCAGUAUGAAUUGCGCACGGAACAGCUGAAUAAGCACAGCUUACUCAGCAGUACAAAAUUCGUGGAACACCUACUUGAUCUCAUUGUCAAUCACGUUGAGCGCGGCACAGGAUGGCUUGUGAUAGCUGCAAUGCUCGAUUUCCUGACGUAUGCCGUAUGUGCACCCUACAGCGAGACAACAGCUGGUGAACAGUUCGAUCAAAUACUGAAGUUGGUAGCCGCUCGAGGUCAAAGUUUCUAUCGCCUUUUCCAGUGUCCUAGCAUGACGAUUGUUAAA